GUAUGAUAAAAAUUAACAUAAUAAUGCAAAUCUAAUUUUAAUUAUCACUUCAUUAAUUGUAAGUGAAGUUAUAUGCACCGCCUAAUUAAAAUAUGUGUUUAUAAACUUAACAUGUAAAAUACUUUUAAUUUAGUGAUGUACAACUUCCGCUAAUAUGUGAUAAGUCAAAAUAGACUACCAAGAAAACUGUUUGAUUUUACUCAAUCGUGAUAAACAACUUUUUUUAUCUUGUGAGGGCGUAUGUAUUUAUGGGUACACAUUGAACUAUUAUGUUUUUUUAAAUGAAUUAUUCAUUUAUUUAUUUCUUGGUGACCAAUUUAAGACAUGUUAGUGAUAUUAGCUUAGUUUUUAGUCAUUAUUAGGUUAGGUAAUAAAAACAUUCAAGUAUUACAUUUUAAAGAAAAAGUGUUUUAUUGUCUGCACUAAAGUUAUAAUUUAGUUAAAUAUGAUCGGAUUUUAUAUUAUACUAUUUACAUUACAUUCCAGUAAAGGCCAAAUCAUCAGUAAAUUAACACAACAUAAUCUUGAUGACUUCAGAAAUAAUGCAGUCAAAAGUUUUUUCCUGACUCCUAAAGCAUUAAUUGUCGAUAAUACUCGUCUAGAAUUUUCUUAUUGGAACUAUGAACUUGGAAAUAAUUAUCCAAUUCCAUUUGAAUACGGCAAAGAGCAGGAUUUAAUUAAAUAUUGGAUUCCAAAACAGCCAUUAAAAAUUAUAACACAUGGUUGGCUUGCAACUAGUGAAAAUAGUACAGGUGUAUUUGCUAUUAAAACAGCAUACGUCAAUACAACCAAAUAUAACGUUAUUUCGGUUGACUGGAGUGCUGUCGGUGGUAAUGUAGUAUAUCCCAUUCCAGCUUAUCUUACAACACGUGUGGGUGGCGUUAUAGCAAAGUUAUUGGAGAAUCUUGUUCAGCUUGAAUAUAUCAAACCUACUAAUAUACAUUUAAUAGGCCACAGUCUUGGUGCACAUGUUUCAGGAGCUUGUGGAGCAGCUUUCACCUUAGGAAAAAUUGGGCGGAUAACAGGUCUAGAUCCUGCGGGUCCUGGAUUUGAGUAUGGACAAAUAAGACCCAAUCGAUUAGAUAAGACCGAUGCUUUAUUUGUAGAUGUUUUACAUACAGCAGGAGGAGUAGCAGGAUUUUAUAAAUCAAUAGGGCAUGCAGACUUUUAUCCGAAUGGUGGUAGUCCACCUCAACCUGGAUGUUAUGAAGGAUUAUCUGAGAUGUUGAAAAUUGCUGGUUGUAGUCAUGCAAGAUCGCAUCAGCUAUAUGCUGAUUCUAUAUAUCACAUGAAUUCGAUGAUAGCAACUCAGUGCUCUUCAUGGUCAUAUUAUGAAUCUGGUGGAUGUAAUAAUAAUACAAAAUCUUUUUUGGGCCAUAGUGCUUCUACUAGCGCAUUUGGAAAUUUUUAUUUGAAGACAAAAAGUUCAGCUCCAUUUGGUACAGAAUCAAGUGUCUUAGAAUUGAACAGUGGAACUAAUUACACAAUAAUUACAGAAAAUGUAAUUUAAGAAAAUUGUUUUGAAUUUAAUUUGAUAUAAUUGAUUUUAAAAUUAUAAGUUUAAAACUAUUUAAUUAAAAAAAAAAUUUUACUUAAUAAGGUUACUAAUUAUUUUUAUGGUAGUUAUCAAGAAAAUAUUUCCACACCGC